AACCAAUUUAAUAGACUUUAUCAUAGAGGCCAUGUAUAUUUAGUCGAACAUCAUAGUGGGCCUUAUAUGUUUUACCAAAAGGCCCAAACUUACUUGAUGAUAUCUCAACUGAGCUGUCAAAUCUUUCUAUUUGCGGAUCUUCUGAAUCAAAUCCAAUUUUAAAUUCGAGCUCAAAUUCAAAUCGCUCCCCCCGCUCCAUCCGGUGUAUUUUGCGGCGGGUCGUCCCAGCAACUCCGUUGAAAACCACUGCGAUGAACGGAUUCGAAGAUUGGGAGCUUCGCAACGAGGAAGGCUUCGUUUUCAAGCGAGUGAAGCGAAGCCGUAUCUCCGACUCCGGAGAAGCAUCCAAACCUGUGGAACCGGAGUUGGAUCCGGCGGUGGAGGAGAGAAAUCGAAGGAUGCGGAAGACGAGGAUACUGGUGAAGCUCAAAAGAAAGUACCAGAGUGAGAUGGAGCGGUGGGACAUUUUGUCGAACAGCUUUAGUGCUAUGCAAGAGAAGGCUGCUCGAUUUCAAGCGGAGGAGCGGGAAGAGAGGUUAAACGCCAGCGAAACGACGUCGUCUCGAGAUUCAGAGCAUGGCGGAGAAGAAGAUGCUCCAAAGACGGCGGCGUCUAUGCUCGACGAGCUUCUUUCUAUGGCAGAAGCACAAGAAGCGAUCGUCAAGGAUGUCUCAAAUCUCUGCGAAGUCGCAGAAAACAUAUGUAGAGUCGAACAUGAAGAAGAGGAGUCAUUGUUUGAUCUUGCCGUUUGGUGCUCACCAAGAAGUCUUAUGGCGUCUCUUUGUGCUGAUUAAAAACCAAACCAUGUAUUCUACUUCUCUUGUGUGGUUCUUCAUCAGAACCUCCUGCUCUGUACAUUCGCGUCUUGUUUUCGAGUUGUAGCGUAUACGUCUGUCGUGUCGUAGCCUCAACAGUGUACUUAGUUGUGCUUUUUCUCAAAAUGUUUAAUUAACAAAUCUUGUACGGAUUUGAUUAACAAAUCUCUUAAAAGAUGUGAAACACAUUGACUUCA